AUGGCACCCAAAAUCGACCCUCAGAACCUCAGAGAGACAUUUGGGCGCUUCCGAGUUCUGAUCGUAGGAAGAGCGAACGCAGGCAAAACUACCAUUCUUCAGAAGGUCUGCAACACCACGGACAAGCCAGAGAUUUACGAUGCCAAAGGACGCAAGAUUGGUGUGUGCACUAUCUGCCCUAUGAGCAUGCAUGCGCUGAUGGAUGCUCAGCGUGGAAAUCACGAGAUCACAAACGAGAUGGUGUUCAAAAGCAAUCCUGGUUUUGUCUUUCACGACUCGUGCGGUUUCGAAGCGGGCUCUGAAAAAGAAUUCGAGGAGAUGAAGAAAUUUAUCUCAGAACGCGCAAAUGCGACGAAAUUGGAGGAGCGACUGCAUGCUAUUUGGUAUUGUUUUCCAAUGGACGACCAUUCUCGAACAUUCCAACGGUCGGAGGAGAAGUUUUUCUCCGAGUGCAAUACUGGGAAUGUUCCCAUAAUCGCAGUAUUUACCAAAUGUGAUGCUCUCCAUCCAGUGGCAUUGGGAGAACUGGAGAAUGAAUUCAUUGGGCUAUCAGACGAAGAGUACCUGAAGAGGAUUCCCAAGUGUGUCAAAGAAUUGAUCAACAAGACACGGGUCUGUGUUGAGUUACGUCGCCUUAAUAACCUUGCCCGCCCUAAGGCAGAAGUAUACUUGGAGAAUAUGGACGAGCCAAAUACAAACUGUGAUACUUUGGUAGAACGCACUGCUUUUGCAUUGGAUGACGAAGAAUUACAGUUGUGCCUCGUGUCAACACAACAGUCAAACCUGGAACUUUGUAUCAAGUGUGCUGUUGGGUGA